AGAUGCGGAGCCGCCGCGGCGGCGGCGGGAUCGGCGCGACCGGACCGGCGCCCCCGAGACUAUAGCCUUCGUUUUCCCUUGGGUCGCCAUGGAGCCCUUGUGUCCGCUCCUGCUGGCCGGUGUUAGCCUGCCCCUCGCCAAGGCUUUCAAGGGCAACGAGACCACCACCGCGCAGAGCAACUGGACCUCCACGACCGCAGGCCCUCCGGCCCCCGGCGCGCCGCAGCCCCUGCUCGCCUGGUUGCUGCUGCCCGUGCUGUUGUGCCUGCUCCUCGCCGCCUACGUCUUCAGGUUCAGGAGGCAGAGGAAGGCAGUGGUCAGCUCCAACGACAAGAAGAUGCCAAACGGAAUCCUAGAAGAGCAAGAGCAGCAAAGGGUGAUGCUUCUUAGCAGGUCCCCCUCGGGGCCCAAGAAGUACUUUCCCAUCCCCGUGGGGCACCUGGAGGAGGAGAUCCGGGUCCGGUCGGCGGAUGACUGCAAGAGGUUUCGGGAGGAGUUCAAUUCACUGCCGUCUGGACACAUACAAGGAACUUUUGAACUGGCCAAUAAAGAAGAAAACAGAGAAAAAAACAGAUACCCCAACAUCCUUCCCAAUGACCAUUCCAGGGUGAUUUUAAGCCAAGUGGACGGAACCCCAUGUUCAGACUACAUCAAUGCUUCAUACAUAGAUGGUUAUAAAGAGAAGAAUAAAUUCAUAGCAGCUCAAGGCCCUAAACAGGAGACAGUGAAUGACUUCUGGAGAAUGAUCUGGGAACAGAAGUCUGCAACCAUCGUCAUGUUGACGAACCUGAAAGAAAGAAAAGAGGAGAAGUGCUAUCAGUACUGGCCGGACCAGGGCUGCUGGACCUACGGAAGCAUCCGGGUGUGCGUGGAGGACUGCGUGGUCCUGGUGGACUACACCGUCCGGAAGUUCUGCAUUCAGUCCCAGCUCCCCGACGGCUGCAAAGCCCCUCGGCUCGUCUGCCAGCUGCACUUCACCAGCUGGCCCGACUUCGGAGUGCCUUUCACCCCCAUCGGGAUGCUCAAGUUCCUGAAAAAAGUGAGGACACUCAACCCCACGCACGCCGGGCCCAUAGUGGUCCACUGUAGCGCGGGCGUGGGCCGGACGGGCACCUUCAUGGUGAUCGAUGCCAUGAUGGACAUGAUGCAUGCCGAGCAAAAGGUGGACGUCUUUGACUUCGUGUCCAGAAUCCGCAAUCAGCGGCCUCAGAUGGUUCAGACGGACAUGCAGUACACGUUCAUCUACCAAGCCUUGCUGGAGUACUACCUCUACGGGGACACCGAGCUGGACGUGUCCUCCCUGGAGAAGCACCUGCAGACGUUGCACGGUAGUGCCGCCCACUUCGACAAGGCCGGGCUGGAGGAGGAGUUCAGGAAAUUGACAAAUGUCCGGAUCAUGAAGGAGAACAUGAGGACAGGCAACCUGCCGGCCAACAUGAAGAAGGCCAGGGUCAUCCAGAUCAUCCCAUAUGACUUCAACCGCGUCAUCCUUUCCAUGAAAAGGGGCCAGGAGUACACGGAUUACAUCAACGCGUCCUUUAUAGACGGCUACCGGCAGAAGGACUACUUCAUCGCCACCCAGGGGCCCCUGGCGCACACGGUGGAGGACUUCUGGAGGAUGGUCUGGGAGUGGAAGUGCCACACGAUCGUGAUGCUGACCGAGGUCCAGGAGAGAGAGCAGGAUAAAUGCUACCAGUACUGGCCGACAGAGGGCUCAGUGACUCAUGGAGAAAUAACGAUCGAAAUAAAGAGCGAUACCCUUUCUGAAGCCAUCAGUAUACGAGACUUCCUGGUCACUUUCAAUCAGCCCCUGGCCCGCCAGGAGGAGCAGACCCGGGUCGUGCGACAGUUCCACUUCCACGGCUGGCCGGAGAUCGGGAUCCCCGCCGAGGGCAAAGGCAUGAUCGACCUCAUUGCGGCCGUGCAGAAGCAGCAGCAGCAGACGGGCAACCACCCCAUCACGGUGCACUGCAGUGCUGGAGCUGGGCGUACAGGGACUUUCAUAGCACUCAGCAACAUUCUGGAACGGGUCAAAGCUGAGGGACUUCUAGACGUAUUCCAAGCUGUGAAGAGUUUACGACUUCAGAGGCCACAUAUGGUGCAAACCCUGGUAAGAAACCGUUUCCAGAGGAAUCGAGAAUGGUCUCGUGUUGAAUUUGAUGUAUGUUUCAUUGACAGAGUUCAAGUCCCCGGGGAAGGAGGGAGGUAAAGUUUCCAAGAAAAAGAGCUAAAGGUUUCAGUCAGCUCACAGUGAAGCUCUACAGACCCCCUUCUUCCCUUGCGUCUGGCUGGUGUCUGUCCCCCGGGCAGGACACGUGAGGAGGGGCACACCCAUGACUUCAGAUGAUAAGACCCCUUGGACAGAGGCACAGAUGAUAGCAACCGUUAUGUCGAAGUGAACUGUUCCUCCAGAUUCCAGUGUACAUUUAAAUAUGUACCAAGUUCAAAAGUAGCACUGACAUUUACAGUCCUGAUUCCUGUCAUCUAUCUCCCACUGUUCGUUUGGACUCUUUUCCUUGGCUGGAUCUCACUCAGCCUCCAGACGCUGCCCAGGGGCCUUACUUAAGGAGUCCAUGCAAUGCACUGUUCCUUCUUACAUUCUCUUUCAUUUC